AAAGUUCGCGCGUCCGCGCUAGCUAGUCGUGAGUAGAAAACACAAAUUUAAUAUAAAAACAUAUUUCCUGAAAUUGCAAAUUAUUUAAAAUAUAAAAAUAUAAUUUUCAACAGAGAGAAUUUAUCAAAAUAGAAAAUUUAUGAAGUUUGAAGUUUAAAAAUAAUAGGAUCGACCACUCACGACUAGCUAGCGCGGACGCGCGAACUUUCGAGUAAUAGAUAGAUAGAUAGAGAGAGAGACAGACAGACAGACAUAUAGCUCGCUCCGGCCAGUCAUGGUAUUAGCUGUCAGUAGCCAAAGAAUCGACAGGCCAGCAACAGGCAGGCAGACAGACAGAUACUUCACUAGCAGUGAGCACUUUCACUUCUGACAGCUAAUAGCAUGAUAGUGCCGAUUUUUUUUAUGAAACUGCGUAUUCAGGUGUUUACCCUCUCAAUUGCUACGAAAGGCACGAAUUAAAAUUGAUCUCAGUAUUAUAUCUCAUGGAAGUAUUAGCAUCGAUUGUGCUCUGCAUCAAUUGAAAGAAAGACCUGGUCCGCAAAUAUUGGUCAACAAUGUUCCUCGCUUUUGGUAGCUUUGUGUUCAGCUGGCUUUAUGAAGUUGCAAGCCAACAGAAUACUUUUACUUCUCUGGUCAAAAGAGUUUUCAGUUCUUUAUCCACCUCAAAAAAAGUGAAGGCACUCAAAGACCAUUUUCAUCCGAAAACAGUUUAUAGGGUUCUUCAAGAGAAUUAUGGCAGCGAUUCUGACUCUGGACUUUCUGAAUCAUCUGAAAUUGCUUGGAUAGAAGAAGAUCUCGGAAAUAAUUGCAUAGCAGUACGAACACAGAUGAAAAAUCGCAGAAAUUUACAUUUUAAUCAAAGUGUGUCAACAUCAAUUAACCUUGCUGAGCCUCUGAGUACAUCAACUCCACAUAAUCCCUUCGAAGAAAGCGUUAAUUCCUUACAGAAGAUUAACGAAAUGCAAUCCGAGAUUGAAAAAUUAAAGGAACAAAUUGCUAUGAUGUGCAACACUGCAGCUUUCAAAUCAGAAGGUACAUCAUCAAAUCAUUCUACAGUGUCACCAACAUCACAAACACAUUUACCAAGAACUUUAGUUCCGCCGCCGCCACCACCACCAAUACCACCAGUGCUACGAGCAGCACCGCCUCCACCACCACCACCACCACCACCUUCUGCUUUAAAGACAAGUGAUUCAAGUUCUAAACCAAACAAAGAAUUUAUGUCUCUUGGAGAUAUGCUUAAACAGCGCAUGGCUUCUGAGGGUGGACUAAUUGGAGGAUUAAAGUCAACUUCCACAACUGGUGCAGAUAAACCACCAUCAAUGGCCGAUGUACUAAAGAAUUUAAACAGUGUAAAAUUGAAACCAGUAGAAAGAUCACCAGGUGGUACUCCUCUCAAACGGUCUCCUCUUCCAUGCACAACUACUGAUCAUCAAUCCAUUAUUGCAAAUGCCUUAAAAAUCAAAUUUUCCAAAAUCAAUCAACACAGUCCUGACCAUUCACAAAAACGCCGCUCUCUAAACUCACCCCAUUGGUCAUCUCCUUCUCCACCACGGGUUUUUGGACGUCAUCUUUUGAAGAAAACUGGGAAGCCACUGAACUAAAUUUUUCCCUGAAAAUUUUAAAACAUCAAACUUUUAAAUACUAACUUAACUGACAGAAAUGUUGACUGCUUUUAUGUAUGAAAGUUUAAAAUAUUGAACUUCUAAUAUUAACUUAAACUGGGAGGAUGCUGACUGGUGAAAUCAGUUUUUCGUGUAUUUGGUACAAAUUUGCAUAAAUCAAACAAAUUUAAAUAAAAUUCUAUUUGUUCCAUA